UUCUCUGAGCACAGAGCGACCUCGUGAUCUUUAUUUACGGAAGUGUCUCCUCUGAGCGGAAGCUGCAGCUCUGACUCUUUAUUGUGUUUGUUUUUGUUGAUAUAAAGCUAACAGAACGCUCAAACUAAGAGCUGUAUCACAGAGAAAUCAGCUCUGCACGUGAGAUUAGAUUUAAAGGAACUACGGAAGCCUGUAAGGUCGUCACCACUGCUACGGAAACGAUGCUAACUUUAACAGCGCUUUGACUGACACUGCUGAACCAUCACUGACUCUGAGGACAUGACUGUCAGGGUGAAUUUAUUACUCAUAUAAAGUCUGUGCUGCUGAGGUGUCACCUUUAUUCCACGUACCUCUGUAUGGACACAGUGUCUGUAACAGGCUAACAGCUAACAGGCUAACAGCUACAGGAAGGUUAUCAGAGCAGCAUGGGAGCCGAGCAGAGUGGAGAGUCGGAGCAGAAACACUCUGAUUACAGCUCAGCAGUGGUGCCGUCCCCAGCAAAGCAGAAGGCGAAGAUGGAUGACAUCGUGGUCGUGGCUCAGGGGACCCAGUCGAUGAGAAAUAUCCACAACGACCCGGAUGUCAUUAAGCUUCAGGAGAUCCCCACGUUUCAGCCUCUUUUGAAAGGAGUGCUGAGUGGCCAGACGUCGCCCAGCAGUGUGUGUUUGGAAAGGCUGGAUGCUGCCCAGGUGAUGCAGCUCUGUGUGAGAUACCAGGACCACUUACACCAGUGUGCUGAGGCUGUGGCCUUCGACCAGAACGCCCUGGUCAAGAGGAUCAAAGAGAUGGACUUGUCCGUAGAAACCCUCUUCAGCAUCAUGCAGGAGCGCCAGAAGCGCUACGCCAAGUACGCCGAGCAGAUCCAGAAGGUCAACGAGAUGUCCAUGAUCCUGAGACGCAUCCAGAUGGGCAUCGACCAGACGGUGCCGCUGAUGGAGCGCCUCAACAACAUGCUGCCUGAGAGCGAGCGCCUGGAGCCCUUCAGCAUGAGGCCUGAAGGGGAGUCCACCACCAAGUAGCCCCUUUAAAGACUCAGCAGCUGCUUCUGACACAAGUCUCCAUCCAGUCCUCUGCCCGGGGAGAGAGUGCAGGUCUGUUCACAUGUAGGGGAUCUUAAAGUUCUAGAGUCUUAUGUUUUCACUAAAGGGGUGGAGCUAAGGUGUGAAUGUGCCACAGUUGAUCUCCAGGUUCUUCAUCCACUUUACUUUAUUCCUCUCUUGGUUUAUCUCUUUGGAAAAUGUACAUACAGGCUCUUCCUCCUUAAAUGAAGCCAUCAGGAUCUGUCCUGUUGACCUUAACAAAACUUUACAGAACUACUGUUGCUGAAGAUCUUCCAGCUGAUGGUUCGCUUAUCAUAUAAAAUCAUGGCUGAUAAACUGAGCUUGUUUCAUAACUAAAAAAGUCCUCAAAUCACAUUUAAUCAAGCAAGUUUUGCAGAACUUUAACUUGUUGCUCUUCAGUUGCAACAACACAUGGCACACACACACUCUUACCCUACUCUAACCACUGAUACCGGCCACUGCAAUCAAAUGAACCACAACCACAGAGGGCCCUGAGGUUCAAACUGAUCUCUUACUUUCAAGGAUUCAAACAGGCAAUCUUCCAGGAACAGACCGUCCUUCCUAAAGUAGAAGCAGAGGAGGAGAAACCACUUUCACUUGAGUCAGAAUGAACUCUGCGUGCUUGAAACCCUCUCCUGCAGGUGUGUCGCAACUUUUCAAGAUUAACAACAGUGACGAAAAAUGAUCUCAGAUUUCCUCCCGCUGCUCUGAAGAUCUGUGGAUUAAUUUUGGAUGUCGCUCCUCACCUCACAAAUGUUUCUGAUUUUGUGCGACGCUGAUACUCAUCUCGCUCUCACACCACAUGCCUUGGCUUUUUUUUGUUUUCUGGACGGUAUCUGCAGAUCGUUUUGGGAGGACCUGGAUGAUAUUUCCCACUGGAGGAUUAUAAAAGAAGCAUGAUCUGAAACGUCUUCUGGGACACGGGAUGUUCUAGAUAAACUCGUGAACUCAUGAACUUUAUUGUCGUGAUGAGGGGAUUUAACUUAUUUGUGUGUGUCAAACCUGUCUGCAUGAACACAAAGGACUGCAGUGAUCCUGAUGCUUCACUUUCCCAUCAGACUGAUGCAGAAGAUCGGUGAAGAGGCGGUCGGAUUCAGCAUUAACUUCGUCGUUUGUUAGCUUGUUUUCAGCAAUAGCCAAACAUCACACGUACCAAAGAUCGACGGCUGUUGGAUAAUAACUCUCACUGUAGAAACAGUCGGUCAUGUUUUUGUCUCUUUGUUAAAAGGGAUUAAAUUAACUCUACUUCAACAACUUUAAUGUUUGUUUCUGUAGCAUUAGCUGUGCUUUUUGGGAUUAAAGGGCCAGUUCACCCAAAUACUAAUGAUUUUAAAAGAAGCAUGCAUCUCUCUGACCUCUUGAGAUAUCUAUGCAGAUUUUUUUGGUCUCUAUAAGUCCAGUAUAGAGGAUGGAAUAUGGAAGGAGGGAAAUGUAGGCGUGCACCUGCAAACAACAAGGUGAAAUACAGUGUGCAACUUUAAUACUGGACUAUUAUAACUUUAGAAUUAGCUUCAUACACAUAAUAUUAAUUUAAAUGUUCUUACAGAGACUCUAUCUGCCAUGGGUGCAUGUGACAUGAUGUUUUUACCUCCCACAGGCAACACUUACCCUGCAUUAGGAUUAGCCAGGUGUUAAUUCUACUCUUCUUCAUGAGUAAUUGUGCUCACAGUAACAUUAAUCUGCAGCAUCUUUAGAGGAAAACAUGUUCCUGUUAUCUCAGACGAUCCCCAAAACACAUUUUAGUCAAUGUCUUUUUAUUGUUGUUUUUUUACAAUUAUACACAAACAAACAUAAACAUCAAUGAAGUCUCAUUUUUUGAACAGUGAAACACCCCCCCACAGCCCCAACAGAGUCCCCUUUCCCAAUGUACCCUACUUAGUAAAAGAAGAAAUCAAAAUAUAUCAUGAGAAGACUAAAUAAAUUAAAUAAAGUACAUAUACACAUACACAUAUACACACAUAUACACACACACACACACACACAUGUAUGCAUGUACACAUAUAAUAAGAACAUAUAAAUGAAUAAGAGAUGACCUGGAAUGUCGUGGGGUCAUCAGCUCUAAAUUAUAAUAUCCUUAGCGUCCAUUUUCCCUAUAUAUGCCAAGAAAGGUUGCCAGAUGUCAUACAAUUUCUGGGCAUUGCCUCUUGUGGUCAAAACCCAUUAAUUUUAAUAUAAACUGUUAGUUUGAAAUAUAUAUAAACACAAAUAUAAAAUAAAUAGCAAGGACAGAUGCUGAAAGACAGGAUGCUGAAAGACAGGAUGCUGACGUAUGUUCUCAUGUUUCAAUGCUGUUAACACUGCACACUACAUUUCCCUCAUCUUUGAAUCAUAAAGGUGACAUAUCACGCUCUUUUCAUCAGCAUAUAUUGGUCUAAGAGGUCGCCAAAACAUGUCUUUAAAGUUUAUGCUCAAAAGAACACUUUGAAAUCAGAUUUUGGUCUGCCUGAAAAGCCCUCUUCUUCAGCCCUGUUCAGAACGUUCAGUUUUCUCUCUGACCACGCCCCCUCAGGAAGUGGAUAUCCCCUCGGCUCUCCAGCACGUUGAUCUAAUGUUUACAUGUUGGCUGAAUAGACACACUGCUCACAGACCCGCGUUACUUCAACCCUCUGAAUCUGAUCCAGAAUCUGAUCCUGACGGAGAGGCGCCUGCAGCAGGACCUUUCUGAACCAUUGGUCACAGAUUUAGUGUUUCUUGUUGUUUUAUUUAUCAGCAUGUCGACGUGUGUCUUGGUACACAGCGACGAACAUGCAGUUAUGUGGCUAUGCUAACUAGCGCUAGCACUUAUCCAUGAUAAAUAAAAAUCAUCCACUAGAUCUUCAAAUCUGCAGACGUGGGGAGUAAAACCGACCUUUGUGUUUAUUAAGACAGCCUACAACUAGCAUGCCUCCCUCCUAAGCUCCUUGUUAGCACACAUGUGUGCAGGGAAUGAAAAACAGAGGAGGGGUUGAGUUGUAUUUUAUACAGUCUAUGGGCUGAACAAGCUCCGAGCUCUGACUCCGUGACAGACCGGAUAUUGUUGUGACGUACGAAAAACACUGAAAACUGGAACGGCUGGUUUCAGCACACAUUUACAGAAAGGUGGAGAAAUCAAAACAGGGGCAGAAUGGACUUUUUUCAUUUUCAGGGGGUUUGUAGACAGGGACACAUAUUUCAGGUAGAGAACCAUUAAAAAGUCGAUUUUGCAUGAUAUGUCACCUUUAAAGGAGGUCCCUCAAAACUUAAAUAUAUAAAAUCGAAACUAUUUACAUCUCUUAAAAUCAUUAAAGGUAAAAGUAACAGAGAGAUUGGGUGAACUAGUCCUUUAAUCACGUCAGCAUUGGUCAGUUUUCUGUGUGACAAUAAAGACAACUUGAGAAAAGGGA